CCGAUGGCGGCGGUGGCGCAGGGCGGGGGCAUCGGCUACAGGUCGGAGCCCCCGAGCAUGAAGGCGUUCAGGGAGAGGAUGCUGCACUGCUUGGCCCUUGUCCGCGUGUUUCAGGCGGCCCCCCUCGCGUGGUCCAGGUCCAGGGCUGCGGACAUCGGCAGGAUAAUCCAUGUGAUGCGCCCCAUCGGCAAGUGCUACACCUCGGUGCUGGCGGCGAGGGCCCAGAAGGAGAAGGCGGCGCCAAAUGACGUCGGCUUUGUCCCUAGGGGCUCCAGGGACGGGGCUUUGGCGGUUGCGGCGGUGGUGGCCGAGCGGGCUGCGCACUUCGGCCUCGCGGCGCUCACGAGCUUCAAGGACCUGGGCAAGGCGUUCCAGUGCCCGUCCGCGCGAGACAUGCUGCGGGGCCUGGAGGGCAUGGUGCGCGAGGAGGACCACCCCAUCGUGUCGCGCAGGGUCCUCGACUACCACUGCGAGGUGGAGACGGCCGAGGGAGCGUUGCGCAUGAAGACCAACCAGGGCGUUCUCACGCCGGUGGCGACAGAGUGGGCCAUCGAGGACUCGGGUCGCCCCGACGCGCAGCUGCUGGAGGCGAAGUCCGUCGUCACGGGCACCGUGCUCGACCUCAGCCUCACGAAGUUCGCGGGCGACCUAUACAAGCGCUUCGCUUCGUGGUGCCACGACACCGUGAUCAAGAACCACAAGGCCUCCGACGAGCUGUUGGACGGGCUGCUGGAGCCGCGCGGUUUCCAGCAGAACAUCUCCAAGCAGUACACUAUGUGUGCCUUCCGUGGUGCGGGGGCCAGGGCCUGGACGAGGGCCUUCUUCGCGGGCAGGCUCGGCGUGCGGGGCAACUGCUCGACGGUCGCCCGCUACCUCGGCCCGAUGCUGCACUACCAGGGCGGCCUGGCGACGGAGGUCAGGGCUCGCGUGGCGGCGGCCACGCGGGGCUUCGCGGACAUGGGGCGCUUCUGGAAGUCCGAGGUCUCCGUCGAGGUGGUGCGCCAGGUCUUCCGCUCAAAGGAGGGCUACCAGCACAGGGCCAUGCCCGCCCAGGUCGUGCGUCAGCUGCUGCAGAUGGCGGACAUCGAGACCGAGUUACCCGUGGUGAGGCUCGGGUUCAUGAAGUGCAUGGUGCGCCAUCCCGAGGACCUCGAGAUGGAGCUCACGGCGCUGUUUGGACAAUUGCCCUUCGUGCUGCAGCCCGUGUUGGGCGAGGGCGGCCGCCUGGGCGAGGGAGCUGCGGCGCUCGCGAGGCUGCUGGUGGACGACAUGAAGCUGCUCAUGCGCGCGUCGGAGCGCGCGGACCUGCUGGAA